CGGGGAUUGACGGCGAUGAUCUGGUACACGUUUCCUUUGCUUUUGGUUUUUCCGUGUUCCCCGUCUCAGCCAUCGGUCAUGAUGCUGCCUCAGCCGUCAGAUCUCAUCUGUUCAGACGGGCCCACGGGCCCCUCAGGGUUUGACUCCCCCACAGUUGCUGUUAUCCUUCACGUAGGAUCUUUUAACGUAUAGUAAUCGGCUUAUGUGGCAACGUUAGAGAAAGGUCGAGAGGUCCCUGCGUGGCCACAGUUAGUCACGGGAACUCGUUCCGCCGCUUCUUCUGCACUGUUUUCGCUACCUUUAUAUAGUACCUGCCGCGGCUCCACCGUUAUCAACGGGUCGGCUUCUUCCUUUCCCGCGGCGCAGGUUAGCGGGAUGGAGGUGAUGAGGCACGCUUCCACUUUUCUACGGCCUCCUCCCCUUCCCCAGGCGGCCGACGGGCCCGCUCCAUCGUACGCUCUCGUCGUGCUUAACCAGCGCCUCCCUCGCUUCGCGCCCGACUUGUGGAGCCAUGCAGCAAAGCUGAGGAUCUUUGCCGACGGAGGGGCGAAUCGGGUGUAUGACGGGAUGCCGAAGUUCUUCCCUGAGCAAGAUCCGCUGGUGGUUCGCCGCAGGUACAAGCCAGAUGUAAUCAGAGGUGACUUGGACUCGAUAAGACCAGAAGUCAAGGAAUUCUAUUCCAACCUGGGUGUCAAAGUAGACAAUGUGUCUUAUGAUCAGGACACCACUGAUCUGCACAAGUGUAUAGCUUUUAUCUGUGACUUCAUACCUGAAGUGGACAAAUCAAAUUUAUGCAUUCUAGUUGCUGGAGCACUUGGAGGGAGGUUUGACCAUGAGGCUGGAAACCUCAAUGUAUUAUUCAAGUUCUCAAACAUCCGGAUAGUUCUUCUAUCUGAUGAUUGCUUGAUCCAACUUCUACCAAAGACGCAUUGCCAUGAGAUCCACAUCCAGUCAUCAGCAGAAGGUCCACACUGUGGAUUGAUUCCUGUUGGCGCACCAUCAGUUAGCACCACUACGACUGGUCUUCGCUAACGCAGGGAUGAGUUUUGGUGGCUUGAUGAGCACUUCAAACAUGGUCCGCGAGGAGAGAAUUACUGUCCGUUCUGAUUCAGAUCUUCUCUGGACAAUAUCCAUUAAAAAGAAGGCCUGAGACGUAUACCGAUUUGUUUGAUUUAAUUUCCACAGGUUGUGAAAUCAAUGGUGAAUCAGGUUUAUACCGACAAAAACGCUCGUCCUCGUGCUCUGAUUACAAGGGAGAGUAUUCAUCAUGUGCAAUAUGUAUUGAAUAGCAAGCAAGUAUACUCCCAGCUUGUCAUGCUUGAAUUCCACAGAUUUGUAUCAUUUGUUAAGAGUGCCUCUUGUGCAGGAACUACUCAUAGAGGUUUAAUGCAAUGAAAUAUAGAUUAGAAGAUCUCUUGGUGAA